UAUUACUUUAUUCAAUUAUACAACACAUUUAUAACUUGUACUAGCGUGCUCUCACUCUACAUGGUAGAUCUUGGACUUAUUUUUAUUAAAUUUGUUUUACACAGAGGUUGUUUGUGAUGGUGUCACCUGUUAUGCCGGAGAUCACCCGAGACUGGUACCGUCUGGCGCCCGUGGCCACCCCGGGCCACCACACCCACAGUCUCGGACCAUCCAUCGUGUAAACAAUCAUUGACAAACAGUUAAACCGGUCUGAAUAUCUGGUCAUAUGGCUCAUGUAGAGUCGGCAGACGGCAUAGUUUAGUCCGGAGAGUGGGUGAGUCACUGGGAGGAUCGCGGAGGGCGGCGGAGCGGCCAAGACCGUCAGUGACAGAGGUGACGGGGCGACAGAGGCGUGUCUAGCCACACUCACCAAGCUCGCGGUUGCGUUCCUUUAAAAGACAAAGAAAUUUGCCUCGUCAUAAGUGGCCCAUGUUGGUUGUCAGUGAGCGGUGAGGACGAGGAGGAGUCGAGCCCAGGGCGUGCAAGUGGUUAGGCCGAGCCUGGUGGUGAUCCAGCAGUGACACUGAGCGCCCCAACACCCACCACUAUGGAGGAAUUGACUGCUAGUCUCGAGAAGAUGCGCGUGGAGUCAGGGAACCCAACUCCAGAGCCAUUUGAAAAGCUGAUCAACCAACUUCAUGAAUUGGAGGACAGCACAACAGUAUGUGAAGAGCUGGUAGCCGGAGGUAUCCUGCCUCUUACCGUGGCAGCCAUUCAGAGUUCUUCUCUCGAAGCUCAAGCAAAAGGGGCCGAAUUAGUUGCAGAGUUGGCCAAGGUUGAAAGUUGCCGGUUAGGUUGUGUGACUGGUGGUCUAGUGCCAAUCUUAGUGGAGAAAAUGUCAAGCAGCAACACCAAGGUGGCCCUGCAGGCUUGCCGAGCACUGGGGAAUAUUUGCUAUGAACAUGUGUUCCUUCCAGAUGGUGGCCGUGUCAGUGUAAUGGAAUCUGGUGGUGCAAGUCAAUUACUUAGUCUCCUUCAGCGUGCAGCGAACCUUCCCAAUACUGCCGAUGAUCACCAACUGCGCCUCGUAGCCACAGGCUUCCUUCUGAAUCUUCUGAAUUCCUAUGAUACAGUCCAGGAUCAGUCUAUGGAAGCUGAGCUGGUAGAUGUCUUGUGUGAGUACCUUGAUAAAUUUGCUGAGGAUGAAGACAUACCAACUCAUGUUCUUCUCUCACUCACCUGCAUGGCAGACACAGAGGUGGGACGUGGUCUGGUGGUGUCGAGGGACAUCACACCACAAUUGGUGCGUGUUUUAAGAAUAAAUGAAUCUCCUGAGGUUACAGAAACAUGCCUUGAACUUGUGACAAACUUGGCUGAGACAGAAUGUGUGAAAACCCAGGUGGCCCAGGGUGGGGUGUGUGAAGCAGUAGUAGAAGUGGUAAGACGUCACCGUAACAAUCCAAGUUCUGAUCUCUCUCCACCUAUAAUCAAGACAGCCACAGACCUUAUUGUCCUUAUAUUGGUAGGAGAUGAAAGUAUGGGUAUUGUGUACAGCAAUGGCUCUGGUUCUGUAUACCAGGAGCUGUUAGACUGGCUUACUUCAGACUUAGAAGACUUACAGAUUGCUGGAGCUCUUGCUAUGGGGAAUUUUGCACGAAGUGAUGCUCACUGCAUUCAAAUGGUAGAAAGUGGAAUUGCUGAAAAGCUGCUCAAAGUUCUGUCUAGCCACAAUUCAGGAGAAGGAGACAUACGCCUACAGCACGCUCUUCUCUCAGCCCUUCGCAAUCUCAGUAUUGCCAAGGAGAACAAACCAGUGUUGGUAAAUCAAGGUGCUCUUGAUGUUCUUCUUCCCAUGGCAACAGCAAUUGAGACUUUCCCAGUUGUUUUUAAACUUUUGGCUACUCUACGUAUGAUCAUUGAUGGACAAACUGAAGCUGCUCUUAAGGUGGGUAGCAGUAGUGAGGUAGUAGGUCGGUUAGUUGGCUGGUGUGGCACCACUGAUCACCCCGGUGUGCAGGGAGAAUCCAGCCGACUUCUAGCAUGGAUCAUCAAGAACUGUGGAGGGGACUCGUCGGUCAUCACGUCACUGGCAUCUGCUGGCUGUGUUGCCCCACUAGUGCUCAUGUUGGGAUCAGAGCAUGCUGUCAUGGUUAAUGAAGCUGCCCUUGCUCUUGUACUUGUGUUUGGUACAGUUGUCACUGGAAAUGUGGUGGAGAAGACCAAAUUACCAGAGGUGGUGACGUUUGUACUGAAGAAUCCGUAUUUGCCACCCGAGAUAAUGUCCAAUGUAUUGUCGAUGAUGACUGCACUCUCAGCUAAUGAGCCUGCCUUGGAAUCUGUCAAAACUGAUGACAUGCGAGCAGCUGUCGAGGAACUCGCCACUCAUUCUAAUGAACAGGUCAAGACCCUAGCAGUGGCACUGAAAGAAAAGCUGUAAUUGAAGAUAAGAAAAUGUUGAACUUUUCUUUGGCUGUUCUCGGUGUAUCUUUCAUCUAGAAUGAAAUAUUUUCCAACUGGGUGAACAUGGGUAUGAUUGUAGAUAAUUUUUGUCUGCCUUAUACUGACAGUUCUGGAUACUGCGGGCAUUAAGCUUAAAAUGUAAUUUUACAUAAAGUUGUCUUGGGUUUGGUUAAACUUCAAAUUAUAUUAUCCUAAAUUCAUGAACUGUUGGAUGUUCCGUGAAUUUUUGUAACUGAAACACAAAAACACUUACUGUUUCAUGAUGAUAAUUAUAAUAUUUAUGGUAAACCAAAUCCUUGAGAAUUAAGGGUCUUGAUAACAGGGUUGCAAGAUAAUCAAGAUUUGUGUUCCUUUGCACUGGUAGCUGCAGUUUUUAUGUAACGUGGUCGAGGAAAUGGUGUGAAUGGUUAAUACUCACGGAAUUUACUGCAGAUUCCUUCAAUCCAGUACUGUAUUAGAACAGAUAGUGUAAAUGUCACUAAUAUUUGCAAGGAUAAUUUCAUGAUGAAUGUGAUAUAUUUUUUAUUGUUAUAAAUGCAGCUUGUUACUUAAAAGUUUGUAGCUUGUUUUUAAAAGCAAUGAUUGAAAUCAAAAUACUCAUAAUGCCUCUUUGUCUUGCAAUAAUAUUUGAAGUAUUGUUAUUCACUAAUGCAAAUUAUAAUUUAUACAAGGAAUUAAGUUGUAUUUAUGAGGUUGUCAUUUCUAACUAAUUUUUUUUACUUUCAUAAAUUGCAUGAAUUUGUAUUGUAAUGGACAAUUGCAGUUGUGAUAUCUUAGCUUUAUAAUAUGGAAUGUAAAUUAAGCUUUAACAAAAUCAGAGGUAAAACUCGCAUACGUAGAUCUUAUUCAUAAUAUUCUCUCCAGUAGUCAUAUUUUGUUUACUCUGAUUAAGUUAGUUAUGCAAGCUCAAGUAUGUUGCAAAAGUUUGUGCAACUACCACAGAUGGCUAGGAGUAUCUUUUAUAAACUUCCUUAACAUGGAAAAGGAAUCACUAUUAUGUUAUUGUAUCCAUUCACAGUGAAGUGAUUUUAAUUUGUUAUUCGAUUCAGACUUUCUUUUUUAAACUGUUUAUGUGCAGUAAUUUUUAUUUGUCAUUAUAAUUUACUUUGUAACAAAGUAUUCUUCAGGAAUAAAUAAGGAAUGACUAAAUAUCUUAGUUAUUGGUACUACUGUGAAGACAUUUGUUAUACUCUUCAUUCUGUGUAUUUCAUUAGUCAGUAAUUUAAAAUUAAAUUACUAUAAAUUUGGAUAAUUAUAAAUAACAUUAUAUAAGAUAAAGGUGAAUAUAGCUAGCACUAUAUUAGAUAAAACCUGUUGAACGAAAUUACAAAAUUGUAAAUACCGACAAAACUUAUAUAAAACCAAAUUACCUGAGGUAGUUUGAUCAUCUUAUCAUUUAGCAACUUUAAUGAUGUGCUGUACAUUAAAUACUUGUGUUGACACUUGAUUGACAAGUUUAGUUAUAAGUAAAUAUAUUGGCACCACAUUUAAUGUCUUUGCAUAUUCAAGUAAAUAACAGUGAUACAUGUAAAGGAUACAAAAUAAGCUUGCAUCUCUGUAUGAUACACGCAACCACUUGGAGAGGAUGGUAGAGUGACAAGUCUCGCUUCAUGUGAGACGGAAUUUAAUCCCUGGCUGUCCAAGUGGUUGGGCACCAUUCCUUGCCUCCGUUCUAUCCCAGCUCCUUAUCCUCAUAUCACUUCUAAGGGCUAUAUAGUCAUACUGGCUUAGUGCUUUCUCCUGAUAAUUACCUUACCUCACUUCUGUAUGAUGCAUAUGGUAUCACAUGGAAACAAGUACAGUACAGUAUCUAGUUAUUGUGUGCUUGGAUUUAUUACCGAGUUCUAUUGACAAGCCAUAAAGAUCAUGAAAACUAUAUUUAUCAUCAAGACAGUAUGUAUAAAUUAAAACUUUGGAAAGCACUUGCUGUAUUGCAUGAACAAAGUGUGGCAUUUGUUUCACAAGCAAAAACAAUUAUUUAAUUACUUUCAAAAUAACUGUGUUGUGUCCUGGUUGAUUUCUUUAUCUUCUAGUUGUCAGGAUUUUGUUUGAGUUUACAUGAAGCUAAAUGCAGUCAAGAUGUUUUGUUCAAUAUUGCAUUCAUUUUAUAUAUGGAAUAUUAUGGUGAUGCAGUAAUAAAGGUGCACUAUGUAGAUAGAGAGUAGUGGCUGCAAGCCAAAGAGAAGUUAACGUCUAAAAUAGACUCCAGCUGAAGUAAAAUAAACUGUUCGUUUAUAAGGAAAAUAAUAGCUUUUAAAUUAAUUUUCAUUGUUCUUCACUGUUCCUCUUUAAUUGGAAAAUAGAGAAUUAUGGUACAGUAUUACAAGACAUCUAGAUAAAGAGCAUUGAGCAAGAAACUUUGGCUGUACAUAAAUAAUGAUAAUCAAGAAAAUACAUGAAACCACUGCCACUUUCAUGUAUUGUAUACUGUAUCCCAAGAUGGUGAGCUGUCUUCCUAAUGCACUAAGUAAUCAUUUAUUAAGACAUGUAAAUCAUGUAUUAAAUCUUGAUUUUUCUGACGGUCAUCCACAUGAAAUUAAUAGUAUGGUAUAGAAUUAUACCUGGGACUUUUCUGAAGGAUGGGGUCGGGGAAAUAGUAGGUUGUACAGUAUUCAAAAGUAACUUACAAACCCAGUUAGUUUAUUAUUACGGCCUUGAAUCAUAACUUGGGCCAGUGGAUUCCAGUGAGUUGCAAUUAUACUGAAAGUUUUGUAUAAUUUUGAGAAGUGUAUAACAGUAGUCAUCUUGGAUGUAUCGAGUUUGUGUAAACAAACAAAACUGAAUGGAUAAACAGGAGAGGGAAAUACCAUGAUUUGAUUUAGGUAUUAGGAAUGUCUGCUAGUUUACAAAAGUAUGUGUAGGUUUCAGCUGAAUAAGUUGCAAGUAUUAAUGACUUGUAACUAAUUGAUUGAAUUUUAAGGAAUUGUUUGUUUUCUAUUUCCAAACUUACUUUCUGAAACCUUGCUGAUAUUAUAUUGAAAGAUUUAUCUUUAGUUGGAUCACUAACAGAAGAUACUGUAGUUUGCUUUGGCCAGUCUAUUUGAUUGAGGGUUAUGUGCUUUCAUGCCCUAUUAAGGCUUUGGCUCUUGUAAUAAAAAAUACUAUUUAGCUUUGCUAAAUCUGAAAAAGAAUUGUUUGUUUAGAUUUUGAUACUAUAUAUAUAUAUGGCAGUGAUUUUGUAAAUGUCUCUUCUAUUAGACCAUUCUUCAUCAAUACAUCUUUUAUAUGCAUGUUUACAAGAAAAUUGACCAUCCUUCUUUAUGCAUAGGUUAAUAAUUGCCAGUUCCAUAUAUGUGUGUGUGUUAUUAUCUCUACAUUCUGUUUACACACAAAGCUAUUUGUAUCCGAGAUAAUUUUAUCCAUUUAGUUUUAAGAACUGGGUGCCAGCUAUGACAAUAUAAAGGAACCACAUUGUUUGGGACCCACAGUUAACCUAGUAUAGGUAAUAUAGUGACUCCAAUUCAGUGUAUGCAAGUGCCUGGGACCAAUAAUGAAAUGGGGUACCUCUAGACUUACUGCUCCUGGGACUCUGCUGCUUCUAGGACAUUGGUACAUCUGUUGGUGCACUGCUAUUCCUGGAACAUUGAUGCUCCUGGGAGAGUAAUGCUCUUAGCAUUUUGUUGCUACUGAAGCAUUGCUUGUCCAUGAACAAUUUAUGCUCUUGGGACAUUCCUGCUUCCGAGAGAUUUCAGCUUUUGGAAAGUUGCUGUUUCCAGGGCAUUGCUCCUCCUAGGUCAUUGCCGCACCUAAAAUGUUGCUGCUCUUGAGAUAUCUCUGAUCCUGGGACAUUGUUGCUCCUAGGAUACUAUGAUUUCUAGAACAUUGCUGAUCCUGAGACUUUGCUGCUCCUAGGACAAUGCUGCACCUGGAACAUUGCUGCUGAUAGAAGAAUACUGAUUCAAAGACAUUGCAGCUCCUGGAACAUUACUGUGCUUAGGACAUUGCUCCUGGGACAUUGCUACUCUGGUGCUCUUAAGACAUUGCUGAUCUUAGACCAUUGAUGCUCUUAGAGUAAAUACUGCUCAUAUAACAUUGUUGCCCCUGGUACAUUACUGCUCAUGGGACAUUUCUACUUCUGGGACAUUGCUGCACCUAGGAUAUUUCUGCUUCUGGAAAAAAAUUGCUACAUCUAGGAUAUUUCUGGUUCUGGGACAUUGGUGCUCCUAGGAAAUACACUGGGCAAUACACGCUCAAAAUGCAUGACACAUUAUAUCCGUGUGAUGUAAUUCCCUUUUUAAUGUUCAGUAUCUUUUUUUUUUUUUUUGUAAUGGAACAUUAUUGCCAUUUUAUUUAGUUUUGCAAAAUAUUUUAACCUAAAAUAUUGUUAUUAUGUUUCAGUGUUGCCUUGAAAUUCUGUGAUUUUGAUCAGUCAGUUGGUUAUAUUUUUAAAUCAGAAAGGCCUAUAGUAGCUCCAAGAAAGGUGUGUAUUCAAAGCUUCAUUCUCAGCUCUAGGUAUACUUUUCCUGAAUUGGGUGACCCAACAUAUUCAGUUGUGCGGGAAAAGUUAUUUUUUUCAUAUAAAGUAGUACGUAUGUAGUUUUUACUUACCAUACAAGUUAAUGCUUUAUGUAUGCAUGACAUGGCAUUUUUGUAUUAAUCAUCUGAAUUUGCUUUUUAUCAUUACACUUUCAUAAACAUUACUAAUUUACGAAUAUUAUUACAUGUGGAUCACAAGUGCAGCAUAUGUUUACAUCGGUUUUUGCCUUUGUAUGUACAAGUGUGUACAUGUACAUGAAUAAAUUUAUGCUACUGCAAAUAUGCAUAUUUACCUAGCUGUGUAUGUAUACAGUUAUUCAUACAAUGUAAACCUGGAAUUAUUCAUGGGAAUAAAGUAAAGCAAUAUGCUCACAGACCUGUCUGUAAAAGCAUGUAUUUCACAUACUGUACAUUCAACCCAUACUCCUGUUUAGAUAGUAGUUUUUGUAACUAUGUGCACCAUAGUACAAAGAUUGCCGUUCUAAGCAGUUAGAUAGUAGAACUUUGUACUAUUCACUUAGUAGAAUCGGGACAAAUUGAAGCUAAAAACUAACUUAAAUAUUCC